ACGGCAAACUCGCGGGCUUGCAGUUAAUACUAUAAAGUUUCACACACCUUGUUCUUCACUCUCUCUCUCUGUCUCUAUAUCUCAGUCUCAGCUCUAUUUUGUUGCUAGCUAAGAAUUGAAGAAGCUUUCAUAACCAAAGAGUUUUUUGUUUGAGAUGCAUGUAAAAUGAAAAGAAGAAGAUGGGAAAUUAAGCUCAACCCAAGUGAUCAUCCAAAUUCCCAUUGUAAACUCAGAUAUGGCUUAUUUUGUUAAUAUAUGACUGUGAUAAGAAACCAAUCUUUUGGCCGGAGAUGGGAAAGAAAGGAAGCAGCUGGUUCUCAUCAGUGAAGAAAGUUUUCAAACCAUCUCCUAAGGAUUUGCAGGACAAAAAGAAGGACAAUGGGGAGAAAUGGCAAUAUGAUGCUCCAGAGGUUGUGUCAUUUGAACAUUUCCCCACAGAAAGUUCAGCGGACAUCACAAAUGAUGAGAGCACUGCAUCAAGUCCUGUGAAUCAAGAUAGAAACCAUGCGAUUGCUGUUGCAGUGGCAACUGCUGCAGCCGCGGAAGCUGCUGUUGCAGCUGCUCAAGCCGCUGCCAAAGUUGUUCGAUUGGCUGGUUAUGGACGCCACUCUAAGGAAGAAAGGGCUGCAACCCUCAUUCAAGCAUACUAUAGGGGUUACCUGGCUAGAAGGGCUCUGCGAGCUUUGAAGGGAUUAGUGAGGCUGCAAGCACUAGUGAGGGGUCAUAAUGUACGCAAGCAAGCACAAAUGACAAUGCGUUGCAUGCAAGCAUUAGUACGGGUACAAGCAAGAGUACGAGCACGCCGACUCCAAUUGACUCAUGAUAAGCUUCAAAAGAAAGUAGAAGAGGUCGAUCAAAAGCCCAAGAGCCCUCUUAAAAGCAAUGAUAUUGGAGCUUGGGAUAAUAGGCAUCAGAGUUCUGAGAGAAUCAAGGAAAAUGCUUCAAGGAGACAUGAUGCUGUGAUGAAAAGGGAGAGAGCUCUUGCUUAUGCUUUUAGCUACCAGCAAGAGCAGCAACACUUUCAACCAGAUCUCAACAAUAAUGAAAUUGGGCCACAUGUUGAUGAGCGCGAAAAGGCCCAAUGGGGAUGGAAUUGGCUUGAGCGUUGGAUGUCGUCACAACCACAUCAAGCCCGUCAAAUGGGCCAGAAAGAAAACUCUUAUAUGACACUUCCUACCACCACCACCAACACCGAUGAAAUGUCCGAGAAAACAGUAGAAAUGGAUAUCAUUGCGCACGCGGGCUUGAGUAACAUCAACAUGGGCCUAGUAAAUCGGGACUCAAUCGAAUCAAGCCCAUACCCAACUAAGCAAAGACAAAUGGGCUCAAAUGAUGGACCUAGCUACAUGGCCCCAACUCAGUCAGCAAAGGCCAAGGUGAAGGGUCAAGGCACAGUCAAACAGCGUGGGCCAUAUGGGCCUCAAUGGAACCCAUCAACAAGGAGAGGCUUGGCUGUUGAGUCAGGUUGUGAUUCCUCAAGUUCAGGUGGAGGAACAACCUUUCAUGCCCCAAGGAGCCCAAGCCCAAAGAGCAAUGGGGCCCGAUUAAAUUCUAGGCGGGCCUCGAGCUGUAGUCCAAAUCCUAAUGGCAUGGAUGAUUGGCCACUAGGUGGUCCUGCUUGGAGACAUGAUUUUGGUUGAUGCUUCUCACAUCCCAAAAAAUCCACACCCAAAAAAAAAAAAAAAAAAAUUACAGGUUUUGGUUGAUGAUGUUGAAUAUUUAUUCCAUAUAAUGUGGGGGUAAGAACUUAUUUUGUGAAUAUGUUGUCAAUGACUUUUACUUAUUUAUCUGAAUGAUGCUAUAAACAAUAUUCCUUCAGGGCUAUGUGAUAACAUGUAUUUUGUAAUUCU